GGACGGACCUCCUGCCAUGCUGGGGCUCUCCCCUGCGUCAUGCUUCUCCUGCAGAUCUUCAAUCUAAUGGCCCCCUUUUACUUCCUGUGCCUCCUCGCCGUGACCUUCUGCCUCCAGGUCUUCUUCUUCCUCCCGGGGAUGUGUGAGGGGCCCUCGGUGCCGCUCUCCGGCCUCCUCCACUCCUCCAUCUUCUUCUUCUUCCUCAUCAAUGUUGUUGGGAAUUACAUCCUGGUCAUCUGGAGGAGCCCCGCCCCCGGGGGACACGGGGGAGGGGCAGAGAGGCAGUUCUGCUGGAUAUGUGUGCGGGUGAUGGGCGACCAGGACCACCAUUGCUUCUUCACCGGGACGUGCAUCGGUCGCAGCAACCUGCGCAGCUUUGUCCUGUUCUGCCUCCAUGCGUCCUGCAGCUGCUUCCACUCCAUGCUGAUGGGACUCGGCUACAUCUCCAGCAACUUCUCCCUGACCUUCUCUGACCCUCUGGCCUUCCUCAGACUGCUGCCUCUGUCCGUCACACGCUUCUUCUCAGGUCAGACACCAAUCCCGCUCUGA